AGAACGAAAAAGACGGGGAAAAAAAAGGUGAAUAGAGACACACAGGCACCGCCUCCACAUUCUUUCCCCACUAGAAAUCUCUAUUUCCCUUCCCUCUCUCUCUCUCUCUCUCUCUCUGCUUCGCCACAGCUCUCUGUUCUGUUCUCUCUCGGAGUUCGUGUUCAUCCAUGGCGGUUCUCUUGUUCUUUUCCUUGAUGUUCAUGGCCUUCACCUCUCAUUCAGAUGCUAUAUAUUGUGUUUGUAAAGAUGGAUUAAGCGACCAAGCCCUUCAAAAGUCACUGGAUUAUGCUUGUGGAGCUGGAGCCGAUUGUUCUCCAAUUCUUCAAAAUGGGGUUUGUUUUCAGCCUAAUACUGUCAAGGAUCAUUGUAGCUAUGCUGUUAAUAGCUAUUUUCAGCGCAAGGGUCAAGUCCAAGGGAGCUGUGAUUUUUCAGGCACUGCCAUGGCUAGCCAGUCUCCUCCUGCUGGAGCUUCUGGGUGCGUUUAUCCUUCAAGUCCCAGCAACGCAGGAACCCCGUCGACCACCGUCCCCGGCACGACGCCAGGAACAAUCACAAACCCAUCAACAACACCACCCUCAACCAUGACCCCAGGUAUCACACCACCCUCAACCAUGACCCCAGGUAUCACCCCGCCCUCGGUGUUCGGGGGUGGGAUAAGCCCGACAGGCGGGGUCGGGCUCGGUGGUAGCGGGAGUAGCAUGGAUGGAAGCGCUGCCAUUGCAGCAGCAGCCUGUAACAUGUUGUUGUUGUUCAUAGCCAUUGUGACAUCUUUGUUGUAAUGUUGUUUGAUGUGGGUGGAGAAUAUGGUUCCUUAUUUGAGUGGUGGUAUGAUUUUGUGGAAUGGGAACCUGAUCCUCUUGGAUGUUUUUUCACCUUUUGUGUAUCUAUUAGAGGCUGUAUUUUGCUUAAUUUAAUGGGGGUUUUUGCAACCACUAAUCAAUAAUUAUGCUCUUUUUUCAUUGUUAAUUUGUUUUAUAAUAAAGUUUCUGGGAUGUGUUACUAUUGUUAAA